AUGGGCAAGAUCAGGGUGGCUUAUGAGUACUCGGAGGCCGAGGACAAGAGCAUCCGGCUGGGCUUGUUCCUCAUCGUCUCCGGAGUCGUGUCCCUCUUCAUCCUCGGCUUCUGCUGGCUCAACCCGGCUCUGCAGGACCUCCAGGGCACCACCGCCAACUGCACCGUCCUGUCCGUGCAACAGAUCGAGGAGAGCUUCGAGUGCACCUUCACCUGCGGGAGUGACUGUAAGGGCACCUCUCUGUACCCCUGUCUGCAGAUCUAUGUCAACAACUCCGAGUCCAACUCCAGGGCUCUGCUCCACCAGGACGAGCAGCAACUCAUCACCAACCCCAAGGUAGGUGCACCGCACAACUCAUCACCAACCCCAAGGUAG